UGAUGACAAGGGGAAGUAUGGAUGUAUUUUUAAAGACGUACUGGAGGAAAAGUCUGACCAAGAACCUAGUUCAACAGUUUCAUAUGGAUCUCCAGACUCGGGAAGUACCACUUUGUCAAGCAGUAGCCAGAUAAAACCAAGUAGAACCCAGACUUCUGUAUGGAAAGGAUUCAUCUACAUGCAGGAUGUAGCCAAAUUUGUUACUUCUGCCUACAAAGUAUCUGGCCCUACAGAUUUUCUUACACAGGAUAUUCCAGAUACAGUACAGGUUUGUGGUCGUGUCACUCAGGAACAGAUCUGGGAAUAUCUUGGCAGGACUAAACAAUCAGGAAAUAAGGAAUUAAUUGUAAUUCGAUUUCAACCUGCAAAUGAUGAAGAGAAAGUGCCUUAUGGAGCUUUUUACUCGUACCUGAACUCUCGUAAGCGUUUUGGAGUUGUUGGGAAUGCAUCCAAAAUGAUAAAAGAUUUUUAUAUCCUACCUCUACCUUCAUAUAGUCCCGUACCAACUGUAUUAAUGCCAUUUGAUGGUCCUGGCUUGAGUCCUUCAAGAGCCCACAUUCUUCUGGGUGUGAUAGUUAGACAUAAAAAUCGACCACUGAGACAAGUUUCAGAAAGCCAUCUCCAUAUGGAGAAUGUGGACCCAUAUGAACCAUCCUACACUCCACCCUUAGAAAGCUUUCCAAAUGAAAAAACUCCAAAAUUUAUCGAUGACCACUUGAACACUUUUCACACAUCUUCCAUCAAAAAGCGUUCAAGGUCAGAUAGCAGUGACCCUCCGCACACGCCUCCAGUAGAAAAGCUUUCUCGAGAGGAUGACUUUGAAGAUUUUGCUAUCGGCCGAUCUAGAGAGAAUAAUUUUGGAGUGGUGCAGCCAAUAGCCAGUUGUGAUAGAGACAAGCCUGAAACAUGGAAAAAUCAGACAUCAUUGACUCAUUCAUCUUCGGCCCCUCAGUUUCCCAACUCUGUUCAAACAGAACUUGAGCAUUCCCCAGUGACCAGUCAUCAUAAAGAAAAGCUAGAAACAGAGAAAAAUCAAGUUGAACAGCAAAGUUUUCAAGGUACAGGACAUACCUUGGGAACUAUACAAGGGUCUGUAAAUCCUUCGUUUCAAAAUGUCACUUGUCACCAAAUUUCUGCUGCACCAUCAUUAGUGACAAAUAGUGUGUGUAACUCACAGCAAACUGUAAAAAGUAAUAUUGGUUCUGAACAGCAUUCAAAGAAAGAGACCACAGAAGGUAUUGAUGAUGUUUUCACGAAAUUAUCAUCUGGCUUACCUCCCCAUUUACGAACCAUCAUAAAAGCUAUCAACAAGGUUACCCAGCAGUUUACUAGUGGUAUUCUUACAUCACAAAAUGUUGGACAGGACGCAGGAAAGACGUCAUCCGUGUCUGAAAGUUCCAGUCGAGAGAAGACAUCACAGGUUUCAGUUGAAGAAUCCAGACAAGAGACUCCGUUUCACUCAGAUGAGAACAAAAUACAUCAAAGUGUGUCAAACAUAUUGCCUACAAAAGUGCAAGAUCAUAGAACUAGAGUCCAGACUACUGGUAAUAAUGUAGCUCGUGACUCACCUCACAUGAUUCCUCCUGUUGGGGAACCUGUGAGACUCCCUCAGCAGCAUGUUUCUCCAGUAAUCCCAGCAAAUAAUAGCUCGUUACCAUACAACCAAACUCCAUCAUUCUUCAAUGAUCCAAAUGGUGGAGCUGAGAGAAGCUCCUUACCAUUACCACCAAGAAAAACACCACUAGUAGAACCAUUACCACCAGGUGUUGACCCAGAAGAUCUGGAUAAUUCCCUCACAUCCCCAACCUUUCCAUUGGUUCCUUGUUUACCAGGACCCAUGGGAACGACGUUGGGUCCACGACUUCCACCGGCCCCACCUUGUAAUGCAACUGUACAACCUCCUCUUCCACCAGGUGAUCCCUCUGGUUUAAACUACCCCAGGCCCCCACACUUUGGUAAUCCUUUUCCAAGCCCUAACAUGUAUCACCAACCCAUGGGGCCACAGUUUUGUCCUCCUCCUCAACAACCACAAAUGAGUGGUUAUCAACACCCUUAUGGUGGUGUUGGUGAGCAUUACCUUGCCAAUUCCACAGCAAAUCAGGCAUCAUUUGGAAAUGUUCCAAGACACCAUAACCCUGCUGAAUGGCCACCAAAUUGGAGGCCAAGACCAUGGGGCAGCAAUAACGAAUGGAACGAGCAAGAGCAGGCACGGAGACAGGAGUACCAGCACAGUCGAGGAGGAGACAGAAAUUGGAGACUCAAAGAUAAGAGAAAGCAUUACCAAAGUUAUGAAGGCAGCAAUGAAAAUAAACGAAGGAAACACGACUGAACUCUAGUUAUCUGCUUUUAAUGUCAGAAACUAUAUCGACUUACACCAGCUUUUCGUUUAUCAUGAUAUUUUUUCUGGAUUUUAAAUGGUUUUAUCAAUGUAAAUUUUACAGAAAAUGCUUUUUCUCCAGUGAUGCUUUUGUGAACACCAUUACCACUUGCACAGUUUUUUUUUGUUUUAGGUUAACCUGUAUUAAUGUAAAUACAGUGCUGCCACCUAACUAAAUCCAGAAACAAAUUUUUAAGACCACUUUGUUUUCUUUGCUUCUUUUAUAGAAAAACAAAAAUUGGUGAAUUCAUACUGAAAGAUAAAAAUAUUACAACGUUUGGAAUUCUGAGUUCGUAUCAUGACUCCAAACUGAAUUAGUAAAUUUUGCAUGGGAACUGUGUAAAUAUUGUACGUGCCCUCUAGUAAACAAGGUUUGGAAAGAACCUAGUGUAUGCUAAUUCAAAUAUUCUUAGUUAUUGUAUUCAUGUCUAAGAAAAUAAGGUAAAAUGUGACUUUUUAUCUGUUCCGUGAGAAAAAAAAAUAUGUACUCAAAACUUUUCCAAAGAAUUUCAACCUCAAAGUUUUUGUUUAUUUCCAAUCAUCAGGCUAAUCACAGAAACGCUGUUUACACUUGAACACAGCUGUUGCUUUAUUAGUCUGUGUGUUAGGCCUUGUGUAUAGAAUUGCUACAAUGUGUACAUAUUAUAUAAUUUGAUAUAUAACGUAGUGAUAUUUUGUGAUUUUGUAUAUACUUCAUUGAUCCUGGUUAAACUGCCGGGUACCAACCCCAUGUCAAAUGUUGAUGUAAACAUUGAACCCACAACAGACAUUAAAUUGAUUUUGUUGAACGUAAA